AGAACCGACAUCACUUUUGCUUCAUCUUUCUUACUUUUCAGUCUAGCUUAUUCCAGAGGGCGUCAUAAAUUGCAGACCGGUUUUCGGGCUACUUUUUAGUAAUCUCUCUUCGGUGUAAAUUCGUAUAAAAAUGAACGAAAAUUUGUUGACACGUAUAAAAAACAGAUUAAAGUCAGAUCAUUAUUCAAUGAAUAAUGAAUGGUUAAGAGAGUGUGUGGAAUACAGUGUGAGUCAACACGAAAAUUCCAGCGCAGAAGAAAUUCUGAAGUUUGUGAGAGAUCAAUGGCACCUCAGUGAUUUACGUGAAAUUAAUAAUGAAAAUGGAUGUUUACCUCGUAACCUUUCACAACAACCGUUUAUUACGCUGCCUGAAAAAUAUAUUCUCCAGGUGGAACAGAUGUAUGAUAUUGCGACAUCGAAGUACAAGCAGUUGGAACAGAUUAGAAAUAUACAUAUUUCGGAAGAAGAGAUAUCUGAAGCAGAAAAGAUAGAAAAAUAUGAACCCACCAAAAAGAGAAUGAUGCAAUUACGAUUAACAGACGGAUUGCAAGAUAUAAUUGGGAUUGAAUACAGCUACAUGCCCCAAUUAAAUGAUAUGUUAUUACCAGGAUGUAAAGUUAUGAUACUGGGACCAGUAAAAUGUCGUAAAGGUGUUUUAUUAUUGGAGAAAAAAAAUUUUAAGGGCAUUGGUGGUGAAGUAGAUAGUUUACUAUUCCAUAAUGCUGUGGAAAAUGUUUUAGCCAGAGCUUUGAAUUUGCCAGAGAACCCAAAUCCUUAUAAUGAUGAUGAAACGCAACCAAAUAAUGUUAAACAAGAAGAACUGAAAGUGGAUAAUUUGUUUGAAGACGACUUCGAAGUGAAUUUUAAUGAUCUUGAUCUAAUUGAAGAUUCGCUUAAGGAUAAUAUGUCUACUAAAGAUACGACGAAAAUAAAAAUUGAAAACACUAAUACUGCGAUUAAAAAUGUUCAACAUAGUGCGAAGGGGGACAUUUUGGAUGAUGAUGAUGAUUGUCUCUUAGAAAUGAUUGAUGAAAGUCAGUUUGUGGAGAAAAAAGUGGAACAAAUUAAUGUUACAUCACCUUAUACAACAUUACCAUCUGAAGCUGAUGAUAUUAUUGUAAUAAAUGAAGAUGUGCCAGACACGAAAGCUGAUAUCCUUAAAAAACCGACAUUACCUUCUGAUAGAGCAAAUUCAACGACUAUUAGUUUCCAAUCAGGAAUAAACAAUAAGCAACAAGCUUCGUUAAAUCUUGGAAAGAGAAAUGUUCCAAUGUCUCCACCUGAAGUAUUAACCGUAAAGAGGGGCAAAAUGGGCAAGCAGACAGCAGAAUCCUCUAAAGUAUUAAAUUUUUCGGAACCGAAAAUCACAAAAUUUCUGAAACCAUUAAAUACUCCAGAAGAUUCAAAAGCAUCAAUCCUUUCGAAUCAGCCGAUAAUAAAUAAUUUUACUCAGCCGUCCAAUACUUUCCGAGAAACGAAACUUACAGAAUGUACAAAAGCAUUAAGCUCUCCAAGGGAAUCGGAAAUAAUCAAAUUCGGAGAACCAUUUAAUGUUCCACAAAAAACUGAAAAAUCUACGGAAUCGCAGAGUGUUCCAGGAGAAUUGGAACAUUGCGAAUUUAUUUGCACUAUAAAGAAUAGCGAAUUUACGGAAACUACGUAUAAAACAGUUCGAGCUCGUGUACAACAUCUUGGAAAGCUAGGCAAAAAAGACUCACUAUGGUCUUUGGACGGUGUGAUAGGAGAUGGUACUGAAACGAUAGAAGUUUUCUUUUCAAAUCAGGUGUUGCAAAAUUUAAUAGGUUUCAGCUACAAAGAGUUUUCAGUAAAAAAGAAAUUAAAGAAAUAUCCAGAAAUUGAACAAGAACUUAGAACGAGUCUGCGUAAUGCAGAUCAAAAAAUACAAACUUUAGAUGCUCUAGUACUACUAGAAUUAAGUGCAGACAAGAAGCCAACAGUGACUAAAAUCACUGAUUUGACUCAGGAACAAAAGCAAAUAUUAGAUAAAAAGGUAGAAAACUUCUCACUUAAAAAUGUUUAAAACAUAUCUAUAAAGGUGAAUCAACAGGAUUCCACAGUACGAGAUACUACGUUGUUAUAAUUAUGUUCUAAGGA